AUGCACUGCGCGGGCCAUUUCCUGGAGAAGGGGGCCCUGGAUUGGUUCUUGCGCCAAUGGAAGCGGGAUUUUCCCUACGCAAGUGAUUGCAUCUUGGCUGAGGUCUUCAAGUGCAAGAAUGCCUUCACCAAGAAGUAUCCUGCAGCAGCAAAGCAAAUCACAUCUCGAAGGGAGCUUGAGGCCCUGUCAAAAUUGGCAGGCAAUGGAAUGGCGAUGAGGGCCAUCUUGGUUGCAAUUACUGUUGCACUGAGGGCAAUGAACCCCGUGCUGGCACAGAAGUCCAUAGAGACAUCAUCACCUGCAUUUGCGAUUCAUUUGACAAAUCAAAAGUUGCUCUUCCUCAGUGGUGAUGCGAAGCUUGGAGAAGGUGUGGAUCCGAUGCAGGGCAUCCAGCAAACCAUUCCCACGGGAGUUCGUGACUGGGCAAGCAUCGCUCCAGACCAUGUGACCUUUAAAAACUGCUUCAAGAUCCGGAAGCAAGAGGAAGGGAAAGACAUAACUCCUGUCCCUCAUGAUUUCACAUUCUUGGCCAGGCAGGAUAUGCCCAGUGGAGGUGAAGGAAUUCCCAAAAGUGAAAGAGUUCCGCGUGCAUUGCGGGACCCCUCUCAAACUUCGCGAGACAUCUUCAGCCUUGUAAAACAAAGGAUGUCAUCUACAGCACUGUGUCAGGAUCCUUUGCUUUGCAUGCCAGGGUCCUUGAGUUCAAUCGCAGAGCAGUUCGUGUCCGAUGCCAGCAAAAACAGCAGCCCGAAAUUGACGUGGCAGCUUGAAUCCGAACGCCGCCAAGAACUGUCGUUGAUCUCAAAGGGGAUUGAGCGAGACUUUCCGCAUUUGCGACGAGCAGUUGCAUGGUAUGGCACCAUGCUGGAAGAAUCUCCAGUUGCCGGCACAGUGCCAGAUUUGAGCUUUUUGAGGAAUGCGCCAGCCAUUUCUCCCAAUUUGCACGAAUUUGAGUUGGGGGUGAUCAGUGCAGGGAACUUUGGAGACUAUGUGAUGAACGCUUGGCCCACCAAGCUGGAUAUGGUGGAGGAAGCUCAUCAGCGGUCUUGGGAGGUUGUGACCAAAUUUGUGGAGACCAAUUUGGUCACUUUCCAAGGGAAGAGUGCCGAGGCAGAGUCAACUGUCCUCCCCAACUGCAGGUCAUGGAUUAGAUCUGCAUCCUCAGAGGUGGGGACAGCUCCAUUCGACCACUCGAUCGUGCUGAUGCUGAACGGACCUACGGUGGGAGUAUUCUCAGCGACGCAGAAAUCAUUCUUUCUCAAUUUUGUUGCCAAUGUCAUCGCAGACCACCCGCAGAAUGCCAUUGCCUUUGUUGUUCACCCAAACAGGGCAGGGCACAGGGAUAUGAGGCUCAUGGGGUUGUUAAGUUUUCUCUACAGUAUUUUCUUUCAACCAGUGGCAGUCAAAUGUGGUCGUGCCAUGUUGUGCAAUUUUGAUGGGAUUAUCAAAUCUGACUGUCAGGAAGCCGAAAAAGGAGGAGGAUGCGUUGGCGGAGAAGUCAAUGAAGGCUGA